ACACAAAUAAUCUCUUAACCAUGAACACAUCACAUGGCGAGUUUUUCCGGAUUAUAUCAUAUUUUCUCAUAUGGAUUGAAGUCACCAAUGCAAGCAUUAGAUUUGGACGUCUUGUACAUAAAUCGGAAGCUUACGAUGACAGAUUGCUGAAUCUUGAAUCCAAAUGGACUCAUGAGGUGUCUACACUACUUAACUGUGUCUCAAUAUGUUCCUUGGAUGAACUGUGUGUUAGUUUCCAAUUUAACGAGGCUGAUGCAAUUUGCGCCGGCUACGUGGUCAACUCUGCCAGUAGUCCAAGCAGCGUCAGAAGCCCAGGCUAUGUGAUGUUUGACAUGGGACGAUCUCCCCAGACAUUUGGCUCCAGCUGUUCCGUUGAUGGUGAUUGCACUUUCAAAAGACACACUUCCUGUGUGGCGGGAUUCUGCCAGUGUUCCACCUCACGGACAGGGGACGAGUGUGAAGGAGUGACAGGCGUUCAAACGACAGCCAUUGGAACACAAACGGCAACCACAACCGACCCUGCAGCGAAGACAACCAACACUGCAGCACAGGCAACCACCACUGCAGCGCAGACAACCACCACUGCAGCGCAGACAACCACCACUGCAGAACAGGCAACCACCACUGCAGCGCAGACAACCACCACUGCAGCGCAGACAACCACCACUGCAGCACAGGCAACCACCACUGCAGCGCAGACAACCACCACUGCAGCACAGGCAACCACCACUGCAGCGAGGGCAACAUCCACUGCAGCGCAGACAACCACCACUGCAGCACAGGCAACCACCACUGCAGCACAGGCAACCACCACUGCAGCGCAGACAACCACCACUGCAGCACAGGCAACCACCACUGCAGCGCAGACAACCACCACUGCAGCACAGGCAACCACCACUGCAGCACAGGCAACCACUACUGCAGCACAGUCAACCACCACUGAAGCACAGGCAACAACCACUGAAGCACAGGAAACCACUACUGCAGCGAAUGACUGCGGGAGUUGUACCGUGAUCCCUGGCAUUGCAUGUACUACAAAUGUAGACUGCAUUGAGCCUAACAGCUUUUGCCAAGGAGGGAACUGCCACUGCCUGUUGAACACAACGCUUGUUUCAAAAGGCACCUUGUUUCUUUGUGAAUACGCGCAGCCCACCUGUGGCAGCGGGAGCAACUGUGCCGGUCUGGUUAACUCAGCAUGUGAAGGUGGCGUGUGUACCUGCAGCAUCGGAUAUAACUAUAGCCCCAUCUCAAACGCCUGUGACAAUGUUAAAAAUUGUACAGAAUUCCUGGACACAUUUACAGUUUAUUUGGGAUUCUACAGCUUUUAUUCUGAAGACGAGAGGCGCCCAGUGGGAUCCAUGCAGGAGUGUUCGGACAUGUGUGUCGGCUCCACAACCAUCACCUGCAAGAACUUUGAAGUGAAUGCAGUUACUGUAUUAAUACAAACAUGCUACUUGCACCAGACAACGUGGUUUGAAUUUCCAGCUUCGCUGCAAUCAUUAUUACUAGGUCUCUUCAACCACCAUCAGCGUAACUGUGAUUGGAAAGCAGUGACCGUUGACACUGCCUGCAGAGCUAAUGUUGAUUGUUCCCCGUUGACUAACGCCCAAUGCUCCGCGGGGAACUGCGCAUGCAACACCGACCACCGCCUUGUCCCCAGGGUCAAUAAAUGUCUCCCAUUUCAAGGUAUACAACGUCAGUUCCAUAUCAAUGCUCAUGGCAUUCACCUACAUCUGGUAGAAUACGUCAUCUGA